AGCAGGAAGUAGUCUCCUCUCCUCUCUGUCUGUCUGGCUCCCCCACCCCCCCCUUCUCCAGAAAUCUUCCUCCCCCUCCCCCUCCUGAUCGGUGGUCGGGGGUGACCGGGGACAGUCGGUGCUGUAGAUCCCGGGCGGAGCGGCCAGUGCGGGCCGCAAGAUGGCGUCAGACCUGGGCAGUAGCCUGACCUCCAUAGACUGGCUCCCGCAGCUGACCAUCCAGGCCGCCAUGAAGGGCUCCCAGCAAGGCACCGGGGGGCGCAAAGGACCCGGCUCCCCCACCGACUCCAACGCCAUGCUGACCAAGGAGGAGGCAGCCGCCCACCGCGAUGGAAAACCGCCUUAUAGCUACGCCAAUCUUAUCCAGUACGCCAUAAACUCCGCCCCCGCCAGGCGCAUGACCCUCAGCGAGAUCUACCGCUGGAUCUGUGAUAACUUCCCGUAUUACCGCAACGCCGGGGUGGGAUGGAAGAACUCGAUCCGCCACAACCUGUCUCUGAACAAGUGUUUCCGGAAAGUGCCGCGGCCCCGGGAUGACCCGGGAAAGGGAUCCUAUUGGAUGAUUGACAGCUGCCCGAAAGAAGACGUAGCCCUGCCCCGGAGGAAGAGGCCACACCCCGAUGAUGAGCUCUCCCAGGAUUCCACCGAACAGGAAGUGAAUAAGAGCCCCCUGAGUACCACCAGCGAUGUGUCCGUCACCACGGAGACCGCACAGGGGGGGCACCACAUGGAGAACAAUUCCCCCCUCCCCAGCUACAGCCAGGCUGCCCCGGCUCACAUGCCCCCCGACUCCAGGGCCCCGUCCUACAACAACAACGACUGCUACAAAUUCUCCUUCUCGGAAAUCCCCGACCUCAGCUGCUCCUUCCGCAGCCUGUACCGUACAUUGCAGGGACUCUCUCCUCUCCCCACCGAUGUACAACAACCACCUCCCCCACCUUCCUCCAGCUGCUGCAUGUACCAGCAGAAUUCGGGGGAGUCGUCCACCUCGCUGCACCCCCACAAUGUCCCCAGCAUCAGCAACCCCUCGUCUUCUCACCAUCAAGCCCAACAGCAGCAGCAGCCGCCGCCUUCUUACCUUCCCCCCCAGCAGAUGUCCCGGCCAGCUGCCCCCGGCAUGCCUCUGGGUCUCCCCAGCGACUGGCCUUCCAACAUCGACUCUCUAAAGGAGAGCUUCAAGAUCGUCAGCAACCUGGACUGGUCCACCGUAGACCUGUCCCAAUUCUCAGACCUCAUGGAGAGCCUGCGCCAGGCCGAGCUAAAGAACUGGAGCUUAGACCAGCACCACAUCGCCAGCCUGUGCGACUCCUUAUCCCAUCUGCUAAGCCACACCGGUCUCCUGCCGCCCGCACAUGGCCAGACCUCAUCCUGCCAAUCUCCCUGCAUGCCCCCCACCACCAGCAGUUCCUGUGCACUUCAGGGAGCCAAGCCCGGGCACACCAUGGCAGUGGCCACCUACGGGCAAAACCAGCCAACGCCAGUGUCUUGCGGUCAUAAUUUCACCGCACCCCCUGGAUAUCCUAUUCACACCCAAGCACCACCGCCAACAUACAGCCAGCAAGGUCGCCACCCCCAGCGAACUCUGUACCCGCCACCCCGUCCGACAAUGCGCCAUCCGCACACUGACGAAAUCGAAGAUACCUUUGACUGGGACUCUAUCGCUUAGAACCUCCGCCCCGCCCCCGCUUACCCAGGAGGGGUACUGCAAGCCCUCCACCUGUAUAGACAUAUAUAUAUAAUUCUAUAAAUAAAUAUAUAUGAUUAUAUAUCUUUGCCCGACAAUCAGGGACAAAAUGCCCCUCUCUAUGGUCGAGGAGGGAAGAAUGAAUGAAGAGAAGCACCCCCCUACCCCCCUUCCCCCCCUCCCAUGCACAGUCAUUUCAACCUCUCCCACUGUGAUGUCCGUGUGGACAGCGAUCUCUGUGCCACAAGAAAAACGGGGCCUCCCCCUCAGUGCCAAGAACUGUGGCGUUUACGGUGGGCGAGGUGCUCCCGGGGGGAGGGUGAGGAAGGUCUGGACAAAUUAUUUAUAAAGCAUACACCUUAUUGCACAGCACAAAGUGUUAUUGGAUGAGAACAGCCACCUUGGUUGGAGAUCGCUCAGCGGCUCCCCCACCAGCUUCUGAAUGGACCUGCAGAUCCCAGGAACAGCACUUAACCAGACCAGCUGGAUUGUCCGUCGUCUUUUCACCCUUUUUUUUUUUUUUUUUCGUUUUUUUUUUUUGUUGUUGUUGGGUUUCACCGUUGGAUGUCUCUUUGGCGUACCGAUCCGAUCGGCCGUUACCGAUCUUGUUGUGAAAUAAUACAUUAUUGUUACUAUCUGGCACUUGUAUUGGCAAAGCUAUUACAUAAAUGCUCUCUUGUUAUAUCCCAUAAACUCCAACAAACUUGAUGGUGUAAAGUU